AUGUCGCCACGACCUUGGGAUCCGAAUCGGGCAGCAUGGCUGUAUCCUCUUAGGGGUAUCCAUUACUUUGCGACCCACCGUUUCCUCUGGCCCUUAUUUAGGGCGCGCCUUGUACCUAUUGUGCUCCUCUCAAGCUUCGUCUACUUUCUUCUAUUCUUCUUCACAUACCUCCCACAAGUGGCUUUCUUGGCUCUCUUCCAAGGAGCCGGAGCAUGGGUGAGCGGUGCAUUCCUGGUGCUGGGUGAAGGUUCCGCGAUUGUGGCUGCAUUGUUUGAGGCCUUUUUCGUCGAUGAAACACUGGUGGAUGUGUUUGAUUCCGUCCUGGUGAAUGAGGGACAGGAACAGCUUGUGCUCGCUUCGCGGGUGAUUUAUCCUGAAGCUGGGGACCCGACCAGCCGUCUUGGCACGCCAACAACCAGUGCGGUUUAUGCGCCAUUCUCCUUACGGCAGAUUCUCGAAUUCAUUGUCUUGUUGCCGUUGAAUUUGAUUCCUGUGGCUGGAGUUCCCAUGUUCCUCGUUCUCACUGGGUAUCGAGGUGGACCCUUCCAUCACUGGCGAUAUUUCCAGCUCCUGGAUUUCACUAAGCAGGAGCGGAAAGCUAGUGUGAGUCGGCGGCAGUUGCAGUACACUACGUUCGGAACUGUUGCUUUGAUUCUGCAAUUAAUCCCUCCCUUUUCCAUGCUGUUUUUAAUAACUACCGCAGCUGGUGCUGCGCUGUGGGCAUCGGAGCUGGAGCAGAAACGACAGAUUGCUAACCAGCGGCCUACGCGGCUGGGUGAUGCCUAUCAAGAUGAUUUCACGGUUUAA